UUCUACAGAAUGUUCGUAAAAACUGAGCGAGGUGAGCAAGUCGAAAGAGAUUUGUUCAUUGAUGGACUCCGGAGUCGAACGAUAAGGGCAAAGUUGCGAAAGCAAUUUUCCCCCAUCACUCUUACGCUACAAUAAAUUAUGGUUGCUGCGGAAGAAAUGGAACGGAAGUUCGCGGCGAACUUCCUGGAAGGAGAAGAUUACCCUAGAGACGGAGAUUCGACCGAGCUCGCUCGAGCCAGAGCAGAGCUGGCUGCUUUACAGAAGAAAUUUGAAAACAUGGGGUUCGUAUCAGGACCUGUCACCUAUAUGGAACAGAUAGGCCCCAAACGAGUAAUCCUAAGUGAGACUUCGAGCAUCUCUGCUCCUAUGUUGCCCCCACCCGUCAGGGCAUUACCCCCGCCACCGGUUGAGGCGCCUGUACGAUCAAACGAAUCGGCGGCCAUUUUCGAACUAACCAAAACCUUGAUUAGCUUGAUCCAGGAAAGCAAAACGGAGCAGCGAGAGCACAAUGCUCGACUAGAAGCCAUGAUGAGGAACAUGCGACCCAUUGCCGUGCGUGCCCCUCCGAUGCAGCAAGGAUUAGCCCCGGCCCCUGCGCUCGGAGGAGUCGCAAACAAUCUGAAUGUCUGUUACGCCUGUCAUCAACCAGGCCAUCUAGCCCGUGAUUGCCCCCACCAACCCCCGCAACAGCGAAUUGGAGUCGCGCCUAUGGCUGCGGCCCCCAUCGCCAACGGAUCUGGACGAGUCGGAGCCCUGAUGGAAGAAGUAGAAAGUGGGGGAAGUGCCCUGACCACCACGGAAGAGGCCGCCGAACUGAUCCCGCUAGAUCAAUAUGUGUCGCUGGGAUAUCCUGGGCUUGGAAUGAUCGGAACGAUCAGACCAGCGCCAGAACCAAAAGAGGUGGCGGAGUGGCGACCGUCCCUAGGAGAAAUGGAGUCGGGAGGACCCACCUUCGUCACAAGGGAGAUCGAUGUAUUAAACAUCAUCCGAGCUUUGGACCAUCGGAUUCUCCUUCCGAUUGGUCAUCUGCUCUCGAUCUCCGAGCAAGCCAACAAGCGAAUGUUACAGAAUUGCAAAGCGAACCGAAAGCGAUUCGCCCUUGCCCAAACCCCGAACGCGAAAGCCAAAAGCCCCGCGCCCGAAGAAAACCCCGCAAGUACUUCGGAUCCGAUACGGUGGGUUCGGUGUCCGAUGGGGAUUUGCAAUGCGCCUGCCACGUUCCAGCGAGCGAUGAACAUGACGUUCCAUAACUUCGUCAGCAAGACACGACUUACGCAAGGAAUGAUUAACUUCUGUGUGAUCGUGUACAUGGACGACAUCUUGGUCUAUUCGGAAACCUAUCACGGGCACGCGCAACACAUCGAAUGGACAUUGGGUGCACUGAGAGACGCUGGGUUCAAGAUUGCGCUUGAGAAGAGCGAAUUUUUCCUCUCAGAAAUUUCGUUCUUGGGCUAUGUCGUGACACGUGGAGGAUUGCGGCCAGACUCGAGAAAAGUUGCGGCGGUGAAGGAAGUUCCGGUUCCCACGUCACUGACGCAGUCCGAUAUCCAUCCUCGCCUUUCCUACUGUCUAAAGCCCCUCGCUGUCCCUGAUAUCCAUUUUCCCUAUUGGGUCCUGUGGCGCGAAGACUUCAUCAAACUUUCACUGUGUCUGGUGGAAGUACGACUGACGUGGAUCGAGGGCGAAGCGCACCCGCCUUGCAUAGAGCGCCUGGAGUUGCUGUUCAUCCAAGCCUGGAGAACCAAUGUGGAGGGAGAGCUUCUCGCGUUUCUAUUUGGUACGGUGCGGUCCGGUCAUCAAGAUCUCAUCACGAAAGAGCUCACAAUCCCGAUAGCACAGUUGGCGGACGAUCUCCCUCUUGACAUCAUCUUGCAAGACGACGAGCAUCCAGUUCCCCACGUACUUUCUCGCACAUUGACACCUUAUCUUCAGUGGUCGGCUUGCGUAGAAGGAGCUGCAGAGCGCAUCCCGCCGUCGCAGCAACAAUACCUGGAUCCCCGGACGGCUCGCGAUCCUGCCUUCUUAAGGCGUCCUACGGUGGAGCAGCUUGCGGCCAUCCGAGAAGAAGAGGAGGAGGAAGAGAGUACCUGGAGUGACGAAAGACGACGACGGAUUGGACGAAGGCGGGAACAGCGACGAAGAGCUCGGCAAAGAGGACGAGACCCGCGAAGAAGGAAGCUAUAGCGAGCAUAGCGAAGGGGAACAGAGCGAAGAAGAAGAAGAAAGCGAGGAAGGAGAAGAGGAACACGACGAAGAGCCUGCUGGAUCGGAGUGGGAAGCCGUGUCAGACGAAGCGCUGCGUACGGGUACGGAGGCUGAGGAUCCAGACGCGGCCCGCAAAAAAAAAGAGAUUGCGGCCGGGAAGGAGUUAGAGCUCGCAAGCGCAGCGAGU